GCAGCCGCAGCCAAGAUGGCGGCGCCCAGCGGCGGGGGGCUGGGCUGACGGCGCCGUUGCGGGCCCGACGGGGCGGCCCGGGACCCGAACCCCCCCCGGGGACCCGAACCCCCCCGGGGACCCGAACCCCCCGGGGACCCGACACCCCCCCCGGGACCCGACACCCCCCGGCCAUGGACCUGCUGUUCGUGCUGCUCCGCGGGCUGCGUCUGGCGCUGGACCUGCUGGUGCUGCUGCUGGACGUCAACUUCUUGCUGGUGUCCUCGCUGGUCUCGGCGCUGCUCUGGCUGCUGGCCGCCGCUUGCAGCCUCCCCGCCGCCGCCGCCGCCGGGCUGCUGGCCUGCUGGGACGGGCUGCUGCUGUGGGCGGGCUCCCUGGGCAGGGCGGCUCAGUGCCUGGCGAGCAGCGGGCUGGGGGGGCUGCUGCGGGGCUGCUGCGGGGGUCUGGAGGGGCUGAAGGCGGCCGGACACCUGCUGUCGCACCUGGGGCUGCGGGGCCGGGAGCUGCUGCAGCGCGGGCUGGGGGGGCUGCUGGGCUGGGGGCAGGGGGUGGCUCGGCAGCUCUGCGAGGGUUUGGCCAUCGGCACCAGCCUGCUGGCUUACCUGGUGAACAGCCUGGUGAACAUCUGCCUGCUGGGCGCGCAGAACCUCUUCACGCUGCUGGCGGCUCUCUGGGACUCGCUGGCGGGGCCGUUCCUGCGGGUGAGCGACCUGCUGGCCGCUCUCCUGGCUCACGUCUCCAGCGGGGCCAUCGCCCUCUCCAUCCUGCUCUGGUCGCCUUGCCAGCUGGCCUUCAAGCUCCUGGCCGCGGCGGCCGAGCUCUUCGUCAGCGUCUUCUUUGUCAACAUCUACGGCCUGGCCUUGCUCCUCCUCAUCCUGGCGGUGGGUGCUUUUCUCUGCAACCCCGGGCUGCUCCGGACGCUGACGGGCUACGUGCUGGGCUACCUCAACACCCUGCCUUCCUACCACCGCCUGCAGCGGGACGUCUGGAGGCUCUACCAGCUGGCAGCCCUGACUUUGGGAAUGGCCAUGACCUCCCAGGCCUGGCGCAGGCUGGUGGACUGGAGCCUGCAGGCGACCAACUGGAGCCGAGGAGGCAGAACCAUCAACCGGGAGAGCAACCAGCGAGGGGCAGCUGUGCCCACCCUCAGACCAGUGGCUCCUGGCAGGCUGGGGGUGGCUGGGCUGGGGCAGCUGCCAGCCCAGCGGGAGGAGGAGCAGCCCGACGCAGCGCAGGUCCCGCAGGCCAGACCCGCUCUGAGUCGAAGUUCUGAGCGUCUCCAGCCCCCCAGGGAGGAACCAGGCUCCUCCUGGGGAAAAGCUGCCAGGAGGCAGCAGCUGAACGCGGCCGCGGGGGAUGGGGAGGGCAGCCCGGAGAACGACCCCUGGAUGCUGCUGAAAGAACAAGAGGAGCGGAAGAAGUGCGUCAUCUGCCAAGACCAAACCAAGACAGUCCUGCUCCUGCCCUGCAGGCACCUGUGCCUGUGCCAGGAGUGCACAGAGGUCCUCCUGCAACAGGCCAUUUACCAGCGCAACUGCCCGCUCUGCCGCCAGGUGAUCCUCCAGACCCUCAAUGUCUACUUGUGAAACACGCAGGAAGAGGGGGUGGCUGGGGUCGUUGCCCCACAAGGGCACCCCUGGCUCUGCCUCUCCCCAGGAAGCAGGACUCCCCAGGAAGCAGAACUUCCCCAGGGCUGCCUCAAGCAGCUUUCAGAGAACUAAGGGCGAUGCUGAGUGGGCAAAAGGCUGGGGGGGGGGGUGUCUGCUGGCCACCUUUGCUAGGUUGUAGCUGUUGCUAAUAAGCACAAUAACUGAUCUCUGCAUCAGGCUGAGAGAGUUACUCUUUUUAUUAUGAUUAUUGUUAUUCUUCUUCUUGACAACCUGUUUUGUUGCAGGACCUGUCAGCUGGAGCCUGCAGAGUGCAGCAGGAAGGAGCUCUGGCCCCUCCUGGCCAAAGCUGAUGGCACAGUUACAGGCUGUGCCCUCCUGGGAAUCUCAGGGGCUGGUGCAAGGCAAGGGAGGGUUGUUUUUUUCCCCCCCACCAUCUGAUCAGAAAACUACCUGGCAGACUGUGUUCUGCAGGCUGUGUUCAGAGCUCUGCCUCCUCCUGCCACCACCUGAGCUGGGGAGAUGCCUGGGAAGGGGGGAGUGAGCACACUUGGGGAGAUUUUUUAGGCUUUGCCCCCAGAGGGCUGAGCCUGGCUCUCAGCUGGGGAAGAGCAGGGUUUCUGGGGUACUUCAGCACCCCAGCCACCACGCUGUGGGGUUUGGAGCUUCCUGCUGCCCUUGCCAGGACAAUGAGGAGCCGUGAGGAACGUGGGCUCCCUGACUGCAGAGCUCAGUGUUGCUUCUGCUUCCACACAUCACCUAUGCAAGUCUAGCAAGCACACAUCAGGUUACUGGCAUGGGGAGGGGCAGUGGUGGUGCCUGGGGAACCCGAGGGGUGGUUGGCCAGCCUGUGCCCACACCCCUGACAACAGCAGCAGCAGACAUCUGAGCUGGUGCUGGAGAAUCCUCUAUGGAUAUGACACAUUUUCUUCAGGCUCAGAGUGCCCUGGAACUAACUGGGUGGUUCACAGGAGUGUUUGCUGCUUCCUGGGCUGGCUGGAGGGAGUAACUCUUCAGGAGAGGGGACCCCAGAGCUCCUGGGAGCCAUCAAGACAUUCCAGCUCCAGGCACAAGUUCUGCAUAUCUGUGCUGCUGAUCUGCAGUGGUGUGCAUGGAGCAGUCCCAGGACCAUGGCUGUCUUUGACUUGGGCAGGGUUACACUGCUGUUGUCUUACUCUUUGUAGAAAUGUAGCUAGUUUUAUUUAAAAGUGUCCCCUGGAGUCUUAAUGAGUAUCCAGUCCUGGUUGGAGGGGGGGAGAGGGGCUGAGAUGGCUCAUCCCAGCUUGAUCAACCAGCACCAUUCCAAGAAACUGCUGGGCUGCAAGAGGACCUUGCACUAAAAAGCUUUUCCUUUUCCAGCUGCUUGCCUGAGCUCAACCACUCACCACAGCCAGCUUUGGCUGGAGCCAGACUGGGAAAAGUCUUGUCUCCUGGACUGCAGGCCAAGAGCCUGAAGGCAGCUGGCAGGUCUUCCUUCUCUGUUCUCCUUCUUCAGAAAGGAUUGAAGCCAAAACAGAGGCAGCAGAGAGGCCAGGCCAUGCUGGGAGACACUUCUGCCCUGUAGAGCUGAGCUGUGGCAAGAUGCAAUCUGGCUGGAGGGUGGCUUUGCUCUGGGAGGCACUGCGGGUUGGUUGGGACCAGCUCAUGGAUCUUGGGGUGCAAUGUUUCCUACGUGAAGUACAGGGGGGCAAGGGACACCUCCCCAGGACUGCAGUUUCUCCCCUCAACCCCUUUUUCUAUUCUAGCAGCCACGCUUGUUGUUUUAGAGCCUGUUUUGUUUGCUGCCUGUUUAUACAACAAAGAGAAAGCUUUGCCUUAAGUUUAACUUUUUGCACUAUGGACUAGAUCCUGAGCAGAAUAAAAUCUCCUUUACCAAAA